CCAGCGCACCCGAGCCGGCUCCGGGAGCCCGGCGCUGCCCGGCCGGAGCAUGUCCAGGAAGAAAACCCUCAAGAGCAAGGGGGGGAGCAGCUCCUCGCCCCCCUCCGCGCUGUCCCCCGCCAAGGAGAACGGCCAAGCCGGCGGGGCGGCGGCGGCCAGAGCCAAGGGGGGCAGCAGCCGGCCCCGCCCGGAGCUGCCCCUCAACGGGGCGGUGCUGCCCAGCCGGCCCCCCCUGAGCAGCAGCGGGGAGUUCUACGACGUGGCCUUCAAGGUGAUGUUGGUUGGUGACUCUGGGGUUGGCAAAACCUGCCUUCUGGUGCGGUUUAAAGAUGGCGCUUUCCUGGCCGGCAGCUUCAUUUCUACGGUUGGAAUUGACUUCAGGAAUAAAGUCUUAAAUGUGGAUGCAGUGAAGGUAAAGCUGCAGAUCUGGGACACCGCGGGGCAGGAGAGGUUCCGCAGUGUCACUCACGCCUAUUACCGAGAUGCCCAUGCUUUGUUACUGCUGUACGAUGUUACAAAUAGAGCUUCGUUUGACAACAUCCAAGCAUGGCUGACCGAGAUCCAUGAAUACGCACAGCAAGAUGUGGUCCUCAUGCUGCUGGGAAAUAAGGUGGAUUCGACCCAGGACAGAGUGGUAAAAAGGGAAGAUGGAGAGAAAUUAGCCAAGGAGUACGGAGUGCCCUUUAUGGAGACCAGCGCGAAAAGUGGCUUGAAUGUCGACUUGGCCUUUACGGCCAUUGCAAAGGAGCUGAAACACAGGUCCAUGAAGCUGCCCAAUGAGCCCAAAUUCAAGCUCCAUGACUACGUGAAGAAGGAAGUCAGAGGCUCGGGAUGCUGCAGAUCCUAAAGUGCAGGCUCCAGGAGCCAGGGCAGCUGUACAGAGACUCAUGCCAAGUGUUCAUGUGCCACACUCCCUCCUCGUAGACAGUAUGUGCAUGUGUGUUCAUUGUCUGUUUAUUCUCGUAAAGGUGAGCUCAGAUGUGGAGUGAAAGGAGCAGAAGAAAAGGGUCUUUCUUGGUAGUUCCGACACUGGCUCUGGAGCAGCCACGACAUUCCAGGCACCAUGGCCCAACACCCCAUUGUAGUAGUAUUCGUUAAUUACGCACUGUGAUUGCUUCAGGUGGGGUGUAAAACUUCAAGUUCCUCCCAGGGGGAUUGUCUGUCCCACAUCAGUCACUGGGGACCUGUCCAUUCCUACGAGCUAACGGUUGCUAAUCCUGACAUGGGUUUGAUGCAGACUUUCUCUAACGUGUCCAGAGAGGAGUUUGGUACUGGUCCGCAUGCACACCUAGACAUCAAGAACUCAUUAUCAUGGUAGCUCUUGACACUUACUCCCUCUAUGGCCUUGGGCAAGUCAUUUGACCUCCUUGUGCCUCAGUUUUCCUACCUGUAAAAUGGGGAUGGUAAUACUUACCCAGCAGCAGAGGGCACGGUGAGGAUUAAUGUUGGAAAGGCGCAAUAGAAGUGCUAGGUAUUAUUGUACAACUGAGGGAAACUCCACCCUCCUACCCCCACCCCACACCUCUGUUUCUGGGCUACCCUGCUCCAUUCCAUUUUUCUUUUCCCACUCAAGAAUUCAAUUAUGAAAACAUUUUGGGCCAGGGUAUAUUUUGUGUGUAUUACAGAUCUAUAAACAUGCCCGAGAAAGAUCCCUGGUUUUCAAGGCAAACAUUUUUGUAGUCUCUCCCUUCUUACAUAUGUCAGUUUUACCAUGUUGUGUAACAUACAUUCCUUGUUAGAGGCUUCUCCUGCUCUGCCCUGCAGAAGACAAGAGCUUAGCUGUCUGGUUUUGAGUAAGCUCCUGCAAACAUACCUGUUGUACAGAGAAACCCUGACUGUUUACAUGUUUGAUAAAGGCUUUUGCUCUCCAUUAUUGCUGUUUCUAGUAUUCUGAGUAAGUAAAAACCCCCAAUGUAUUGCAGCUUAUGCUAACUAUCUUAACGUGGGUGAUAGCGUUUUCAGACUGCAAUGCUGCUUUGAUUUCUUUAAAACUCUCUUGGGCUAGAUCUUGCUUUCAGCUAAAAAAAAUCAAGGAGAAUGCUAUAGGUUUUAACUGUACAGGUUUGUUAAAAGCCCUUUGCCAGCACUGUUCAUUGGAAUCUGUUAUUUUUGUAAUGCACUUCUAAAUGCAAUGUUUGGGGGAGUUCAGAGACACUGUUGCCAAAAGGGGAUUUUUAACUGCAGAUAGUUGCAAAUUUCAUAUUUACGACUAUCAGAAUUAACUGCACUGAAUUUCCCACCACCACUUUAAUUGUGAAAUAAAGUUAUUUUAAUCAGCAAAUCAAACCCCCACCAGCUGCAAGCAGGUUGGGGGAUUUACUUAGCUCAUUAAAAUCCACCCCCUUGUUCUGUUCAGCAGAACUGAGUUGAGUUGUGAUGCUGCAUUCUGUCCACACCUGUAACUUGCUCCUGCCAAUGAGAGCAUGGAGUUUGAAAGGAAUGCAAAAUUCAGACAGCCACUGAAGCAGUGGCCUCAGAGAGUUACUUUUCCUCAACGAGCUGCUUUAAAGGUGAGUGCUGUACAAAGAAUUGCAACUUUAAAAAUAUAGAUACUCUGUUAAGGUCAGUCCGAUGCAUUUUUAGUAGCAGCAGCAGGACAAGGAAGAGUCAUAAAAACAAAAGCUGCAAUCCUGACCUAGUCAAAACAUGGCAAUUAUUUUUUCCUGGAAUUUUUUUCUUAAAUUUCCCAUUAUUUUUUUCAGAUUUUUGCUUAAAAAUUGUAAUUUUUAUUUUAAUAAACACUUUUCUUCAAAACAAUUUACCAAAAAUUUUGAUUUUUUUGUCAAGUAUUUUGAUGAAAAUCUUUGGACAGCUGUACAGUACUGCAGCAGAUACCUGCUCUAGAUUCUAGUGCAAUAACAUAUGAACCUUGGCCUGAAGAGGGAGAUGCUGAUAAAUCCCAGCUCUCUGCUAUAAGUAACUGACCCCCCCUCUCUCCCCGGCAUGCUAUUGGAUAGGACUCAGUGUGCUGUUCUGCCAGUGUUUGCAGGCAAUGAAAUACAUCAUGUGGACUGCAUGUCCUGGCAGUUGUCUCCAUGAAGCUAGUGUGCCCUGUAGCAGGGCCCCAUAAAGUACAACUACUGCACUCGAUUCAGCAAACUCAUCUGAUCCCCACCCUCUCUGCCUCAGAGCUGUGUCUGGUAGAUCACAGAAGCCACAGGCAGGGAGCAGAGUGGAUUUUAGAAAAGAUGCAAGUGGACAGCAUAUUUUAACUGGCAUUUGUUCAAGCAGAGCAAAGAUGGUUUAAGAUCUCUCCUAGGAGCAGCUGCUGCCUAUUCUCUGGGAAACUAUUUUGUGAGUAACUGCAGCACAAACAUUGUUUCCUCACAAGAGGCUAUCUUCUACAUAUAAGGUACUUGCUCUCUUGUGUAAAGAGCCAUGUGUUUGCAACAACAACCCUGUGAGUCACACACUAGACCACAGAACUAUACACUCUAAAAUUGUCCAAUUCAUGGCAGUUUUCACUUUUUGCAAGCAGCAGCAAGGGCAGAGUGGGAGCUGAAGAUUAAGGAGAUAAUGAGUCUGGACAAUAGCAUUACAGCGUGCAAGUGAGCUUUGCUGUGCUUCUGUUGCUAACAUCAGUAGCUCUGUCCUGCCCAUCCAGAUGGCAACAGGUUUUUUCUUAGUAGCCAGCCUCAACCUCUUUGGCCAAGAAUAUUAAUGGAGAUAAGUGGCACUCCUGUUCAUUGAUUCUGCUGCUACUGACUGGGUACCAAUAUUCUGAGUCAGUACAGUAUUUUCAGAACUCAUAGGCAGAGAUAGUUGUCUGGGGCUAGGAGAGGACCCAGGAAAAAUAUACAGGGGGACAUUAGAGCAUCACUAUGAUUCAUUUGGGCAGUGACAGUCUGGAUCUGGCCAAAAUUUGCCUCUGGAGCACUUCUUCCUCCUUUUGAUCCGCUAAGCAAAGUCCUUCACAGAGCUUUCUGGUGGCUCCUAAAUAAAGUACUUUCCCCUGCCUACUACUGAAAGAGUACCAACUUAAUGAAAUCACCCAUAAACCAAAAACUGUUAAUUAAAUUCUGCUUUUAAAAGAACUGCUUUUCAGGGGUCUCUAAUAGCACCUGAAUAUUCUCAGUACUGAGAAGCAUAUGGGGAUCCCCUCACUGCAAGACACCAGUCUCAUUCACUGCAUGGAGAGGCCCAACAGUGACAACUAAUUGCAAAGUACUUAAUCCUAAAGUUCUCGAAGAUUGCUGCCAUUCUCCUAGCAGGGCAUAAUCCUUUGAGCUUUGCUGUCUUUGAUAAACCUGAAAAGAACCCCCACCUCCAUUCUUUACAAUCUGCCAGCAGGAAUAGAAGUAUUUAAAAAUCAGAUAUUUAAGUGAGCAAAAAAAGUCAGCGUCACUGCAGUGUGCUUUCCUGCCUUCCUCCCCAAUUAAAUCCCCCUAGUGUGAAGCAAACAUUGUCUUACUAGCAGAAAUUUAACAACCAGUAUCAAAUAGCUGAUAUUUUUUCUGGUUAAGUCUUAUUUUUAAAGUCUAGGCUAUCUCACUGCACCUGAUUCAAGCCUUCUUUCUGCUGAUUGACUUCUGCAGUCUCUCAAUUACUCUACUGCAGCACUUCCUGGGAUUUGUAUAAGUUCUUGGCAUCUACUUUUACACAGACUUUUACUGCCCCCAAGCGAGGAAGUAUUCAGUACAAUCAUAAACAAGCCUAAGAACCCUGUGUUGUGUGCACUAACAACUUGCUGUCACUUAUUUUGCAGUUUUUAUGUUCUGUUCCUCUUAAUAAAUUUUUUUUAAGAGAGCCUCAGUCUUCACAACUGUAUCUUGUUUUCAACAUUGAGCACCCAGUUGAGUAGAAACAAAAAUAAAACCCAACACCCUCAACCGUUCAGUUACCCCAACCACAAAAAAAACCCCUCCAUUGCUGUAGGAAGCAUCUCUAUUUCUGAUCUCUCCCUUCCAUCAGAGCACUUAAAUUGACUUCACUGCUGGACUGAAUUGAACCAGGGAAGAAAGAUCACACACCUACCCAGGCAGGAACAGCUUUGCCAGGUAAACUGCAUUUCAGAUCUCCCCAACUGCUCUACACAGAGUCCAAUGUUCUGAGCAGAAAAAUACAGGAGUGAACAUCUACAUUGUUUACUGCUGUAGGCUAGGCCAGAGCUUCAGCUUUAUGAUAGGUAUCUAAAAAAAAUUAGAGUUUUCUGCAUAAUUCCAAGUUAAGUUAAAUCUAAGGUUUAACCCUUCCACUCUUCUCCUUGGACAUGCACCUCACCAGCUAUAGUGAAUUUACUAUUAAAUCCUGCUAGUAACAGACUGGACAGUUCAGCUUAACCCCAGUGAUGUGAAUAGACUAUUCCAGGGGUCUGCAACCUUUCAGAAGAAAUGUGCCAAGUCUUCAUUUAUUCACUCUAAUUUAAGG